AUGUUUCAAACAACAAUAUCACCACCACCAAUGGUUCCUCCUCCACCACCAUUUGGUUUGGAUGACGUUGGAGUGACAAUUUCGCCACCACCAUUUUUACCACCUCCGCCACCAUUCGGUAUGGACGACAACGGAGCAACAAUAUCACCACCACCAAUGUUCCCACCUCCACCACCAUUUGGUUUGGAUAACAAAGGAGCAACAAUAUCACCACCACCAAUGUUCCCACCUCCACCACCAUUUGGCUUGGAUAUCGUCAGAGUGACAAUAUCUCCUCCACUGAUGUUUCCACCUCCACCACCAUUUUGUUUUCAGGGUGGUAUCGGAGCUUCGUUUUACCCACCACCAAUGUUCCCUCCACCACCACCGCUUGGUUUGGAUGAUUUUGUAGAAGGUUUCAUUGCUCCACCACCAAUGUUCCCUCCACCACCAUUCUUUGACUUUGAGAAACUAAAUUCAGGAUUGCGACCUCCUCCUCCUCCUAUGUUCCCACCACCGUUUUUCGGUUUGGAAAAUUCGGAACAAGCAUAUCCUCCACCUCCUAUGUUCCCACCACCUCCGCCACCAUUUGGUUUGGACAGCAAAGCAUACCCACCACCACCUAUGUUCCCACCACCUCCGCCACCAUUUGGUUUGGACAGCAAAGCAUAUCCACCACCUCCUAUGUUACCACCUCCGCCACCAUUUGGCUUGGACAGCAAAGCAUUGACUUUGAUUUUAGUUGAUUCCACUCCACCAUUACCACCAUUGUUUCCACCUCCACCUCCUCCAUUCAAUAUGAAUGUGAAAGAAGAAGAAUUCUAUCCUCCUCCGCCAAUGCUACCACCACCGCCAUUCUUCCUUGUUUCGGACAAGACGAUUAUCCGGCCACCCCCACCACUCAUCCCACCACCUUUGUUUUUGGUCAGUGACUUACAAAAACCGUUCCCUCCACCACCUGCGCUCAUACCACCACCACCUCCUCCAUUUACCACAAUUAGUAUUAGUCCUCCUCCACCUUUGCUUCCACCACCGCCACCACCACCAAUGGGAAACAAGACUGUUGUGCCUCCACCACCACCACCACCAUACAUCACACCUCCGCCACCUCCAAGAAGAACCAGGCUACAAAGUGUGAACCAAACUGCUGAUAUCUGUGGUUUCGAGAGCAUCACAUGUGUCGACAUCGAUGAGUGCGAAACGGGCAACAAUACUUGCAAUGAAACUAACCAAAAAUGUAAGAAUACUGAAGGAUCCUAUGAAUGCGUAUGCAAGGAUGGGCGAGAACUGAUAGAUGGAAUUUGCAAAGAUAUCGACGAGUGUAACACUGGCAAUCAUACAUGUAAUGGAACUAUUGAAGAAUGCAAGAAUAUGGAAGGAUCAUACAAGUGUGUUUGCAAAGUCGGAUUUGAAUCUGUGGAUGGAGAAUGCACAGAUAUUGAUGAAUGUGAAUCUGGCAACCACAGUUGUGGCGGAGAAAAUCAGGCAUGUAAAAACACACAUGGAUCUCAUGAAUGUGAAUGUGCAGUAGGAACCGAAUUGGCUGAUGGAGUUUGCACAGAUAUUGAUGAAUGUAAAACUGGAAUUUAUGAAUGUGGAAAUUUUUCAAUUUGUAAAAAUGAACUUAAUGGAUAUAGUUGUUCAUGUAUGUGCGGAUAUACUGACCUUGGUGGUAAUGAAAGACCAGGAUCUGACUGCGAUUUUGAUGAAUGCGUUCAUGGAACAACGCCUUGCACACAUGGAUGUGUCAACACCAGGGGUGGCUACGAAUGUAUAUGUGAUGACCAAUUUCAACUGGAAGAUGAUGGAUAUACCUGCACACCUCUUGAACCAUGUAGUUUCGAUUGGUGCCCUGCUGAAUCUACUUGUCAUAAUGAUGGUGAUAACUGUCGUUGUGAUAAGGGAUACAUCAAUCUUGCAUGGAAUUUCUGUGCGAAACCAUGGACUUGUUCAUCAGAUAAUGGAUGUGAACAUGGAUGUAAUGUUGAUUCGUCUGAUAGGUCACAAAAUUGCUUCUGCAAUCCAGGAUACACAACAUCUUCUUGGUCACCUAAAUGCUGUGUACCGGAAGUGUGCGAUGAAAACACAUGUAAUGGUCAUGGAAAUUGCACUUAUAACAAUGAUGACAUGAUAUCAUGUGAAUGUGAUUAUGGAUUUAAAGGAGACCGGUGUGAAACAGCAUUCUCUUGCUCUGAUUCUGAAGUGGACUGUGGAAUGGGAAUUUGUGAUGAUUUGUCUGAAGGGGGAUAUACAUGCUCAUGUUACACAGGAUACACAGGAACAAUGACAUGUGUGGACAUUGAUGAGUGUGCCGAUGACGCAUUCUGCCCCAAUGAAGGUCAAGAAUGUACAAAUUUCAGUCCAUUUUAUCAAUGCGAUUGUGCCGAAGGAUACAGAUAUCCAGAUGACUUGAAUGAACCACAAGAUGGCUCUGUUUGUUACGAAAUCACCCUUCUACCAUACGAAGACAGUCUCAUCUUCUCAGAAGUAAACCCUGAGCGUUCAACUGAUAUUGUUUUAUACAGAGGAAUGUUUGAUACUGAUAUGAGAUUUCAAGAUAAAGGAUAUACAAGAUACUAUGUAAUGAGCAAUGGCGCUAUCGUUCUUGAAAGAGGUUUAGUACAAGAUGAAAGGAUUUACACAUUAAAUAUGAAUGGAGGAAAUUUCAGCGCAUUACCAAAUGGAAACGGCAUAGAUCAUGUUCUAAUCGCACCUUUCUUAGCUGAUUAUGAUCCAAGAUCUCUUGAAUCUCAACUUUAUGUUGAACAGUACACUUGGAAUUCCGGAUUGAAUGUGGAUUCGGUGACACUGAACAAAGUCACAGAUCUCGUCAAAGAAUACUUUCCUGGAAACACAACUAAAGAUUUCGACGCAGCUGAGGUUCUAGUUGUUACAUGGGGAAGAAUGGUGGCAAGGGUCGGUGUGUUUCCACAAGCCACAGAAGAGGAUGACACGUUCCAACUUGUUCUUGUCACGGAUGGUUCAAAAACGUAUUCAUUAUUCAACUAUCAAAUUGAAUCAAUGGAUGCCCAACAUGGCCAACGGCUCACAGAUUCAGAACCAAUGAUUGGAUUUGCUUCAACUGAUGGUUAUGCUUUCAAACAAGACAUACCAAACCCACGAAGACCUGACCAAGCUAAUAAUACAGGAAAAGUUGCUCGAUUUGCCUACAGACUUGAUGUUGAAUCAGAUGACACAGAAAUUAAUGUAGUCAAAUAUUGUAAAGAUUGGUUUAACAGACAACCAGAAUUAGAAAGUAGUCGAAUCUGUCCUCCAACUAUACUUCAAGUUAUAUAUGAUUUAUCAUGGACUUAUUUACCACAUCAUAAAAACAGAUACUUCAGGCAAAAUGAAAUUAAAUUGAGUGGUACUGUUAACAAUUCUGUGCUUGCAGAAAUGAACAAUUUUGCAGGUGAAUUAUGCGUAAGACCACAAAAAGCGGCUUCGGACGGAUCUGGACAGAUUUGCUGUUAUGCUCAAUUUCCUGGGUCUUUACUCGAAGGAGGAUACAAUAGAGUUCCGUCUUUACGUGGUGGCCAGGUUGUUAGAUAUUUGAUUACUGAUCCCACAGAUGAAGAAUUGGCUAUUAAUCAUUUAGUGGAAGACGUCCGCCCAAGGCAAAUCUGCUGUGAAGAAGCAGAUUUAUGUAGUUUAUAUAAGGCUAAACGUCCAAGCACAACACUUGAGGGAUCGGUAACAGAUGAUAAUAGUAUAGCGAAAACAGUGGGAGACCCAACUUUGGGCACUGUUGAUGGCAACAGCUAUCCAUUCUCUGGGCUUGGCGAAUAUAUAUUUGUAACUGGGCCGGACAUCAUAGUACAAGGCAGACUUAUUCAAUCUACUGAUGGGGCUGGAAAUCUUGUUGAUGGAACCUAUCUGAAUGUGAUUGCAACACAGAGUCCAUCUCUUGGAUCACCGAAAAUUGAAAUAAAACUGGUGAAAAAUGGAAGCGAUUCAGACAUACAAAAUAUGACAGUGAAGGUUAAUGGAACAAGACUCUCUGACACAGAGAAGACAUCACUGACAAGUGGAGGAACCUUGUCAUACACUGGAGUUGAAAUAAAAACGAUUGUAAAUCGGGAUGGGUUGAAUAUCAUAUAUUCAAAUAAACUCACAUUAACAGUGAUUCCUGAUACAAGGAUUCUCACAAAUGUUCUUAGCAUACCAUCCUCACAGAAGGGGCAACUCAAAGGCUUGUAUGGAUUUUACGAUGGAAAUGCAACCAACGAUUUUGAACUUCGUAAUGGAUCAAGCCUCAUUUUGGAUGAUCUAAAAUUUGUUCCUUUUGCUUCACCUUCUAAUACAAGAGAAAUCAGAAUGAAUGAAUUCAUGAAUUCAGGCACAAUCUUAGAAGAAAAAGUUUUUGAUUUUGGACAAUCUUGGAUUACUACAUUGGAUGAGACCUUGUUCACCUAUGGAGAAGGUGAAUCGUGGGCCAGUAUGAGAAAUACUUCUUUCAUAUCAAAGUCUCUUCCCACAUUACUUGAAGAAGCCACUGAGGAGCAACUGGCUAUAUGCAGAACAUUAUGUAUAAAUUCAGACAAUGUCACCUAUAGUCAGGUUUGUCUAAGAACCUAUCUCAUCACUAAAGACAUAUCUGUAGUAGAACAAAUUAAGAAAACUGAGGAAUUACUUGGAGAAGAUGAACAAGCACUAAACAAUCUUCCACCAACAUGGUCUACAACAGUAACAGAAAUUGAAGUUCAGGUCGGAAUACCAUUUUCACUUCAACUAAUUGCGACUGAUACAACUGAUGUUACAUACACCCUUGAUGGAUCAAUUUCUACAGUGCCAGAAGCAGCAAUUAACUCUUCAACUGGGUUAUUCACAUGGACACCAAAAGAUAAAACCAGUUACGCUGUUAUAUUUGUUGCAACUGAUGCAAUAGGGCUUUCAAAAAAAAGGGUGUAACAGUUAAAAUAUGUGACUGCCAAAACGAAGCAACUUGUAGCUAUACAUCUACGUCACCACCUAUCGAUGAUAAUAAUUUCCAGGUUUUCGGUUGCAACUGCACUGCAGCAUACACAGGAGAAUCCUGUGAAGCAGACAAAGAUGAAUGUGUUACAAAUCCGUGUGGUGAUGCACCUUGUAAUGAUGCUAAAGCACCAGAGAUCGGUUAUACAUGCAAC